GCAAUUGCAUUAUCUCUCACCGACACUGCUCUGAAGCCAUUUUUCGCAAACACUCUUUUAAUGUGCAUUGAUCGUGCAUUUAAAGAGAACGAUCAGUGUAAAAAUGAUCGUGACGAACGGUAAAUGUUGAUGGAUUCGAAAAUAUUUCCAAAAAAGCCCCAACUAUUUUUCUCAAAACACGUUUGUUGAGGUUUGUGAAAAAAACGAAUAAAAUGUUCAACCCACGAUAAUGCACCCACAAAUGCAGCGCGAUUAACAUGUGUGUGUGUGCAUAUGAGUGAGAGAGCAAAGCCUCCCGUCACCUACCCAAGAAAGAGAAAGAGAGAAAACACCAUGGCGACCGGUUUUUAAAGAGAGAAUAUCUCCCUGCGUACCGAUCUCCCCCGAUCUUGGUGGGGUCCAGCUUUUGUCCGGGCAGUUUGAUCGUGGGACAAAAACGGGACGCACUCCCAUAUCGUAGCUACAGUCUUGGGAAGGCCACGGUCAAAGCAAGACCUACCAACGGGUGUGACUGUGUGAGUUUUUUGUUUUGUUUUUUUUUUGUGCAUCGUAUAGUGUUAGUGACCAUCAACACAACAAUCGCAAACCAUGGCUGCCGCCUGCAAGAUCGAUCUGACGUUCGAGAAUGGCCACAAAAUGCCGGCCCUUGGUUUCGGAACCUGGCGGGCUCCGGACGAGGAGGUGGAGAAAGCACUGAACCAGGCGCUCGAGGCCGGCUAUCGGCACAUCGACUGUGCGCCGGUCUAUCUGAACGAGCCAACGAUCGGGCGCGUACUGCGCCAGUGGAUCGACAGUGGCCGGGUGACGCGCGAGGAGCUCUUCAUCGUCACCAAGUUGCCGCCGCAUGGUACGCGGGCCGCAACGGUUGAGAAAUUUCUUAAACGAUCGUUGACCGAUCUUCAGCUCGAUUACGUCGAUCUGUACCUGGUGCACGUCCCGUUUACCGUGCCCGAAGUGGACGGUCCCUUCCUGACCGACGACAAUGGGGAAAUCGUACUCGAAACCACGACGGACCAUGUCAGCCUCUGGAAGGGCAUGGAAGCGAUCGCCGAUGCCGGUCUGGCACGCAGCAUAGGGCUAUCGAAUUUCAACCAGCGGCAAAUACAGAGAGUGCUCGAUAAUUGCCGAAUUAAGCCGGCCAACUUGCAGAUUGAAAAUCACAUCUAUCUGCAGCAGACCGGGCUGGUCAAGUUCUGCAAAGCGAACGGCAUUACCGUGACCGCCUAUUCGCCCCUCGGCUCGAAAGGAAUCGAAAAGUUGCUGAACCGUGAGGUGCCGGACCUGCUGGACAACCCGGUAGUGAAGGAGAUUGCCCAGCGCCAGGACCGGACGCCGGCACAGAUACUGCUGCGCCAUCUGCUGCAGCGUGGCAUCGCGACCAUUCCGAAAAGCACGAACGUGGACCGGCUGCGCCAGAACAUUGCGCUGUUCGAUUUCGAGCUGACCGAUGCCGAUAUGGCCGAGCUGAACGGGCUCGAUCAAAACGUUCGCAUCUGCGACUUUGCUUUCUUUCCCGGCAUUACCAAGCAUCCGGAGUUCCCAUUUUAAGGAGAUACACACACACAGCUCAAUCUCCAUACAUUACCAUUUUAUUGCGCACUUACACUAGAAUUGGUUAGGUCACACGUUAAAUUCGCUUUGGAUAAAAAUACUCUUUCACGCGCGUUAGUAGCUUGCCUGCAUCGCUUAUUCUAUCGUGUUGGUUAAACAAAACCAAACCAGCAGUAAACAUAAAUAAAGCCUACAUACAUAGUAUAA